ACCCAGCAGUCGCUCGCUGGCAGCAGAGUUGAAGCAGAGACUUUCCUCUCCUCAGGAGACGCGAUGGCCGCCAAGGAGGACCUGCUGAGGCCCAUCUGGUUCGCCUUCACCGCCCUGGACGUGGACAAGUGCGGCAAAGUCUCCAAGUCUCAGCUGAAGGUCCUCUCUCACAACCUCUGCACUUUGCUGCACGUUCCACAUGAUCCCGUGGCUCUGGAGGAACAUUUCAGAGACGAUGAUGAAGGUCCUGUGUCUAACCAGGGAUACAUGCCAUACCUGAAUAAAUUUAUCCUGGAUAAGGUUCAGAAACCUUUUGACAAGGUGGAGUUCUAUAGGAUGUGCUGGACUCUGUGCGCCAAGAAAUACCUGGUGAGGAGUCCUCUGUGCAUCAGCGAGGACAGCGCCUUCAAGGUCUGGGCCAUAUUCAACUUCCUGUCAGAUGACAAGUAUCCGCUCACCAUUGUCCCCGAGGAGAUUGAGUAUCUCCUGAGGAAGCUGACGGAGGCGAUGGGCAGCGGUUGGCAGCAGGCCUUGUUUGAGGACUACAAGAUCAGUCUCCACGACAAGCAGAAGGGACUGUCCGUGUGGGAACUCAUCGAGUUGAUCGGGAGCGGUCAGUUCAGUAAAGGCACGGACUCCACCACAGUGUCCAUGGCCAUCAACGAGGUGUUUAAUGAGCUCGUCCUGGACGUCUUGAAGCAGGGUUAUCUGUGGAAGAAAGGUCACAAGCGUAAAAACUGGACGGAGCGCUGGUUUGUCCUGAAACCCAACGUCGUGUCUUAUUACGUCAGCGAAGAUCUGAAGGACAAGAAGGGAGACAUCUUUCUGGAUGGGAACUGCUGUGUGGAGUCGCUGCCUGACAGAGACGGGAAAAGGUGUCUGCUCCUCGUGAAAUGUGUCGAGAAAAGCUACGAGAUCAGCGCCUCCGACAAGAAGAAGAAGCAGGAGUGGAUUCAGGAUAUUCAGACGGUCAUUAACCUGCAGAAGAUGGGGGUCUCCUCGCCGCACAAGGACGCUCGACAGAAGAGAAAAGCGCUGCGGCAGAAGCUCCAAGCCGAGCAAGAGGAGCUGGAGCGCAAGAUGAGCGACCUGCAGGCGUCAAACGAGCUGAGGCAGCUGGAGCUGGAGCAAGUGCGCAUGCAACUGAGGGAGGCCGCCGAGCACGCCGCGCAGGAGGAAAAGAAGCGCCAUGACACCCACAUGGAGCUCCAGGACCGGUUCAAAGUGGAGCUUGAGCGGGAGCAGACGAUCCGGCACCAGAUGGAAGAGAAGGUGGCGCAGAAAUCCUCGGAGUUGGAGCAGUACUUAAAGCGCGUGCGGGAGCUGGAGAAGAUGUAUUACCGUCUGCAGGAGGCGCUGGACGAUGAGAAACAAGCUCGCCUCGAGGAGGAGAAAGCGCGGCUGCUCCAGACACGGCUUCUGGAGGAAGAAGCUACAAAGAGGGCGACACUGGAAAGUCUGCACAAAGAGCAGGAGAUGACCAUCAGGAUGACCGAGGCAGAGAAGAAGGAACUGGAGACCAUGCAGGCCAUGAAGGAGCAAGCCCUGCAGGAGGCCAUGCAGCAGCUGGAGCAGCUGGAGAAGGAGCGGAUUGCAGCUCUGGAGCAAUACGAGCAAGUUAAAAGUAACCUGGAAAUGGCGACCUGUAAGACACGGAGCUGGAAGGACAAGGUGGCGCAGCACGAGGGGUUAAUCCGGUUAAUACAACCAGGAUCUAAAAACCCUGGAAUGAUCAGAAACUGGGGCCCAGCGUCCUUUACCAAAGGGGAGCUCCAGGAACGAGAGAAGAACUGGCAAGAGAAGAAGAACUCCAGCCUGGAAUAGGAUAGGAACAAGCUGACCACUUGGUGCUAGGAGCAGAAGACACAACGUGGUUAGGAAAUAGACAACCCGAAGCUCCAGGAGAACGUCGCAGCUUUAGAUUAUUAUCUUGUCCUUAGAGUACCAAGACUUUGUAAUUAUAAAAGGGACACAAUGUGUAACCAUAAGCAUCAUCUGCCCUACCGUCCUACUGGAUUAUUUCUCUGACCACCUGGUCACCUGCACCAUCUGCCCCAAAGCACCAUCUUCCCAUCCACACUCCAAGAGGAUCUUUGGAAAGAGUAGCCUGCUGGCGUUGAGGAGCUGCAUCUGGAUCCACAUGAACCACGGACUGUCCCUGCUCAGUCCCAAAACUGGAACUUGUAGGACUUUCUCAAGGAAAGGACGGUGUACUUAACCCUUUCUCAUUCUAGACCGGCAGACGGUCUUGUCUCCAUUAUAUUACGUUCAUCUCAUUUAUAUUUUAAUGAUAAGAUCCUGUUGUGGAUCUCUGCUGAUGAUUGGAACUCGUUACGUUUGCAGAAUCCGUCGUAGCCUCUUCCAUAAAGUGUUAAUAUACAAAGAGUUGGUUCUGUUA